UAUGGCAGCCUCCAUAAAAUUAAAUUUUAGGUUCUGAUUUUUUGGCAAUAUUUGUCAGUAUUAAGAGGAAAAUCAAUAAUUGAAACCAUCUUACCCUUUCCUUAGUGUAUUUCGAGAAGACACCAUGGAUGCCUUGUCGAAAUCAAGACGAAAAGCUCUCAAAGUAGCUGUUGGAGCUCUUUGCACAGAAGUUGGAUAUGGAAUGGCAGAGGAAUCAGCAAUAGAAACACUCACUGAGAUGCUUCAAAGUGUUCUGACAGAAGUGGGAAAGAGUUCAAAGGCAUAUACAGAGCUAUGUGGAAGAACUGAAGUUAUGGUCACUGAUGUCUUGAUGUCACUUGUCGAUCAGGGGAUUAACAUUGAGUCCAUUCCUGCGUACGCCAAUAGAUUGAACAAGUCUGUAUUAGUGCCACCUGGCCAGAUGCAGCCCCCAGCUGUACAGAGAGUGUUGGCUGCGGGUGACAAGCAGGACCAUCCAGGCUACAUCCCAGACCACCUGCCACAGUUUCCGGACCCACACACGUACAUACGCACAGACACCCGUAAGCAGCCUGUAUCAGAGUACCAACUGAUCCGCGAAAAGGCUGCCUCGUACAAGCGUGAUACUGAAAGGGCUCUUACCAGAUUUGUUGCAAAGACAGGGCAGACUCAGAGCAUCUUCAAGGAUGAUAACUCAUUGUUUCCAUUGAUUGCCGUACAGCCCCACCCACAGCCGUAUCUGGCAGCCCUGCUCCCUAAGGACCAAGAUCUGGACACCCUAGAGGCAUCGGACAUCCCCACCUACACCGCCCCAAUCCCCCGGGGUCGGGCGGACCCUGAUGGUACCAGCGUAGAUCCUGAUUCAAUAGAUAACCCCUAUCUCAUGCCAGUAAAAAUGCCCAAGUACAGGAAGUACAAAGUCAGCUGAAUAGUGGAAGGAUCGAUGGACAUUUAGAUGUUAACGAUUUUCCACAAAAAAUGAGUCUUGCAUCUAAUUUUAAUUGUCUUGGUAUGAUGAUUCAAAUUGAACUCCAUGGAAUUUACAAGCUUGAACACAACUUAUUGUACAUUAUGUGAAAUGGAGAGGAUUGUUAGGACAUCAUUUGAAAUAAAUGAUUGUUAGGACAUCAUUUGAAAUAAAUGAUUGUAAGGACAUGAUUUGAACUAGAUGAUUAAUAGGACAUGAUUUGAACUAGAUGAUUGUUAGGACAUGAUUUGAACUUGAGGAUUGUUAGGACAUCAUUUUAACUUGGGGAUUGUUAGGAUAUCAUUUGAACUUGGGGAUUGUUAGGACAUUGUUUGAGCUUGAGGGUUGGUAGGACAUCAUUUGAGCUUGAGGGUUGGUAGGAUAUCAUUUGAGCUUGAGGGUUGGUAGGACAUUGUUUGAGCUUGAGGGUUGGUAGGACAUCAUUUGAGCUUGAGGGUUGGUAGGAUAUCAUUUGAGCUUGAGGGUUGGUAGGACAUCAUUUGAGUUUGAGGGUUGGUAGGAUAUCAUUUGAGCUUGAGGGUUGUUAGGACAUCAUUUGAGCUUGAGGGUUGGUAGGACAUCAUUUGAGCUUGAGGGUUGGUAGGAUAUCAUUUGAGCUUGAGGGUUGGUAGGACAUCAUUUGAGCUUGAGGGUUGGUAGGAUAUCAUUUGAGCUUGAGGGUUGGUAGGACAUCAUUUGAGUUUGAGGGUUGGUAGGAUAUCAUUUGAGCUUGAGGAUUGUUAGGACAUCAUUUUAACUUGGGGAUUGUUAGGAUAUCAUUUGAACUUGGGGAUUGUUAGGACAUUGUUUGAGCUUGAGGGUUGGUAGGACAUCAUUUGAGCUUGAGGGUUGGUAGGACAUCAUUUGAGCUUGAGGGUUGGUAGGAAAUCAUUUGAGUUUGAGGGUUGGUAGGAUAUCAUUUGAGCUUGAGGGUUGUUAGGACAUCAUUUGAGCUUGGGGAUUGUUAGGAUAUCAUUUGAGCUUGGGGAUUGUUAGGAUAUCAUUUGAGCUUGAGGGUUGGUAGGACAUCAUUUGAGCUUGAGGGUUGGUAGGACAUCAUUUGAGCUUGGGGAUUGUUAGGACAUUGUUUGAACUUGAGGAUUGUUAGGAUAUCAUUUGAGCUUGGGGAUUGUUAGGACAUUGUUUGAGCUUGAGGGUUGGUAGGACAUCAUUUGAACUAAAGGAUUGUUCGGACAUAAUGCCAAAUGGAGAGAAUUGUAAGAAAUUGUUAACUUUGAUGAAUAGUGGACUUCUACACAUGUACAUUUUGUGAUGUGACUAAAUGUAUAAAUCAAGAAAUAAACUAAAAAAAGUU